AUGACGCUCAACUGUCCCGUAAUGGAACAUUGCGGAUCCCGAGGCAUGGCACAUCAGGAAACUCAAGAUGGGACAGGUUUUCCCUGGGAUAUUGGGGUGUUCGAUGCCCAUUGUCAUCCCACCGAUACUAUGUCAUCCAUUGCGGAGAUUCCUAGAAUGAGGGCAACCACGCUCACAGUCAUGGCUACUCGGGGAGAAGACCAAGAACUAGUACACCAGACUGCUGCAACUCUCACAGGUGGACAGUUACCAUCCCUUCCGGGACAAAGUAUUGGACGUGUGCUACCUUGCUUUGGCUGGCAUCCUUGGUUUUCCCACCAGAUUCUUGACGAUAUGGGGAAGACAGAAACCGAAGUCACAUCGGCAUCUGACAAGAAACAGGCGCACUAUAGCAACGUCUUGACUCCACCACCAGCGGAUACUUUUAUAUCAGCUCUACCUAACCCCAAACCACUUUCGCAGCUUAUCUCAGAAACACGCGAGCGGUUGCUAAACCAUCCCGCCGCUCUUGUGGGAGAGAUUGGCCUUGACCGUGCUUUUAGACUUCCCCAAGCCUGGACGCAGCAUGAGAAGGAGGGUCGUGAUCCACAGAUGACCCCCGGGUCUCGCGAAGGUCGAGCCCUUUCUCCCCAUAGAGUUCAGUUAGAACAUCAAAAGGCAGUGCUAGAAGCUCAGUUGCGCCUGGCGGGAGAACUCCAGCGGCCCGUCUCUGUACACAGCGUUCAGUGCCACGGAGCAGUAUUUGAUCUUUUCAAGAAGUUGUGGACAGGCCAUGAGCGAAAGAAGCCGUCGAGACGGGAGAGGGCACGGCGUCACAGUGCUGCAGAUGCCCACACGCAGAGUGAUGCGGAGGAAGAGCAACAAAACUUGACCAUGGCCAAAGAGUCACCGCUUCCUUUCCCGCCAAGAAUCUGUAUGCAUUCGUAUUCAGGUCCCGUUGAACCUCUAAAGCAAUUCUUAAAUCCGUCAAACCCUUCAGACGUGUAUUUCUCAUUCUCCGCUGUGAUCAACUUCAACGGACCGUCGCCCCAAAAGAUCGUCGAAGUCAUCAAAGCCUUACCGGAUGACAGGAUCCUCAUAGAAAGUGACUUGCACACCGCUGGGCAGCAGAUGGAUGACUUGUUGGAAGAAGUCGCUCGGCAGAUCUGCGAGUUGCGUGGAUGGGGUUUGCGCCAAGGUGUUCAACAGCUUGCCGAAAAUUGGAAGAAAUUCGUGUUCGGUUGA